AUGGCCUUUCAGUCCGCCACCAACCGCACCAGUCUCCACCCGUUAAUCAUGCAGCAGGGAAACAACGCGGUUUGCCCGAGGCAUCUUUACCCUGCCCCUGUGCUUCCUCCGCAUGCAAAUGCUCCAGACAGUGCCGCCCUUAUCCCAGAGGGGGGCCCUGUCCGGUCUUUCCCGCAUGCUCAGGGUUUAGCUGCUGCAGGUGAACAGGAAUACCUCAAUCAAGCCUGCAGAGACCGACACUUAAGCUCCUCAACAGCUGAAUCUGUUGAGUGCGAGUACUAUGUGUGGAACUCCGUCACUCAGCAGUAUUCGCGGACGGAUCCGCGCACUGGAGAGGCGCUACUGCGAGACCCUCAUUACCUGCAGUAUCAUUUCCAUCUCGUCGACGAGCACGGUGAUGCUCAGACCGUCUUGCCGCAGCGCCUGGAAGGGGGAACUACUAUGACAGACUGCUGUGCCACCCCGUGCGUGCAAGGCGUGUGCCUGUCCGCCGUCACGCCUGCACUAUCUGCACGUCCCGCGGCUACAGAAGCGGCUCAAGCAGGGGAACCCGCCGUCAGACAGGCCGCAGAGGCGCACUUGCUGCCACCGGCCUGCGCCCUCGGGGCGGCUCAUUCGCCGUUGAUGAGUGGGAGAGAACGACAGGGUGCUGCGUCGUCGCAUACUCACCAGCUGGCACCCACGGAUGGAAUCCAUGUUCUCCCCUGUCUCGAGGACUGGUGUCUGUGGAGCCGUGGGAUCGCCGCUGCGCCUUCUGCAGGCGGAAUGAAUGUAGACUGUCCCUGCUGCGGGCAGAGUGACGCGUUGCCGGCGUCUCACCAGUCUGCUCCGAUCGCAUGCGGUGAGGCGCUGCCACGCGGCUGGCGCUCUCCGCCGUCGUCCCCUUACGCCUCCCCCCACGUGUGUCUCGGAUGCAGCGGUGUUGCAGGUCAAGCUGAACGCGGGGGCGUCUGCGUCUGCUGUCACUGCGGGUGCCACGCGAGAGGGACGGAUAAGGUCUGUCAGCUCGGCGGCGAGCGAGUGUGCAGCAGAAGAACCCCGCCCAUCCACAGGCGUGAUCUUUCACAAACGGCGAAGGCCACAUGGGCUGCCACAGACCGGCCGGAGAACUCGAACAAGAAGCCGGAGCUGCGCUCGCUCUCCUGUGACAAACGCACUGAGGCGCAUAUGCCGGAAAACAGUCCGUUGUCGAGCGAACGUCUGCACUCAGCGCGUGCUGAAAGGGGCAUGCAGGCCCGGGCUGGACUCUCUUCUGGCGGGGAUGACGCUUAUGACCCGUCUAGAGGGCGGGAGGGCAGUCGGCAGAGCGACGGCACACGUUCCGAGGCUACCCGGAACUGGGACGAGGGGUAUGGACCGUCUUCUGAGGACAGUGCGGCGUCCUCUGUCUUCAACGGGGAUCCGCGGCGCUCGGCCGUCGUUGUGGAACCGCCGCAAUCUGUGACGCUGUCGACCAGCCGUCCGUGGGAGUUCACGCGCGCGGCGGCUCACCGGAAUCGCAGCGCUCCGCAGAGAGCAAGGUACAGAGCCUCCGCUCAUUCGCUGCAGGACGCACGAGCCCGCCUCCAGGUGGCUGAGCACGUUGUCGCGGUCAUGUCGCCAUGGGGGGGAAGGCGAAGGGCAGACGGCCGAAACUCGCCGUCGUCGCGGGCGUUUUCAGGGGAAAUCGAGUCAGCUGAUGCGACCGUGGGUCGCGAGAAGGCCAGGGUCGACCAGGGCCCCGGAUAUGGUUUCAGCAACGGCGUCUUCCGGCGAGGCACCUCGAAGACGCGGAAUCCAGGCGGCACGCGUAGAGGCCCUCCGAAGACUUCUCAACCUGGACCUGCGCCAGGCCAGCGACUGCGUCAGCAUGAUCCAGUGAGCCGAGGUUGUCAACUGCGGGCUGCUUGGGAUGGCGACGCAUUUCUUCGGCAACAGAAGCGCUCUCAAUUUGACGUGAAGGCAUACGACACCUGGCUCCAAAACAAAGGGCAUUUGCUGCGUGCGAAGGCGCUGGAGCUGCAGCGGGAAGAGCAACGCCUUCUUCUAAUGAUGAUGGAACAGCAGUACCCCCAAACCAGGAAGAGCUCUGCUCUGCAACGUAGCUGA